CUUCUCCAAUGCUUAAAGAUACUGUAGAUGCUGAACAACAAUCCAAAUCUUUCAUAUUAAGGAUAGUAAGCAUAGAAAUUUCUGCUACUUCUUUUGUCUAUCGUGAUAAAGUACUUGAAGAUAAGCAUAAUUUAGGAGGCCGACCAGUAAGAAAUGUUAUAAUUUCUUUUGUGCAUUAUAUCGUUGAUGAUAUUGAA